AUGUACAAGUACAACCCACAAUGCUUUCAUGCAUCCCUCAUAAAAAAUGGCCUUCUCUACAAUAAUAAUGUCUACCAAUCCAAUCUCCUCCUUCGAUCCUACAUCAAAUCUCAAAGCUUCAUUGAAGCUCACAAGCUUCUUCACCUCCUACCUCACCCCAAUCUUGUCUCUUACAACACCAUUCUAUCUGGGUUCUUCAAAUCUAGCUUGUUACUUUCCCAAGCAUUAAAUUUUUUUGAUUCUAUACCCCAAAAGAAUUGUCAAUCAUGGAAUAUAGUCAUCUCUGGUUUUGCUCAGCACCAAAGAUUGCAACAAGCUUUGACCCAUUUCAUAAAAAUGCGUCGUUUUUCGAUUAAGCCGGAUAAUUAUACUUAUUCGAUUGUAUUGCCUUGUUGUGAUUUUGAAUCUGGGAAACAAGUUCAUGCAGAGGUUGUCAAGGUUUUCAAUUUAUCGGAUGAAUUUCUUGGGACCAAUCUUCUUAGGAUGUAUUCGGGACUUGGGGAGAUGGAUUCAGCGAAGAAGGUGUUUGAUGAAAUGCGAAUGAGAGAUUUAGUUACAUGGAAUGCUUUAAUUUUUUGCUAUUCCAAGUGUGGAAUGGGUCAUGUGGGAGUAGAGUUGUUUCGUCAGAUGGGUAUUGAAGGAGUUAAUGUAGGAGAUCAACCCAAAUUGAAUUGGCAGCCACAUGGAAGGGUGGCCAACCCACAUGGUAAAAGGAAGGCAAAAGAGGUUGGCAUGAGUUGGCAAGCCAUGAGGCUUGAGUUGGCAGCCAUGAGGCUUGCCAUGCGCCAGCAACAAAGGAGAACACCAAAGAUUGCAACAAGCUUUGACCCAUUUCAUAAAAAUGCGUCGUUGUUCGAUUAA